AUUCAAAUCACAGUCGGCGGCGAAGAUAAGGAAAAGAGUUGAAUCGGAAAAUCACUGCAGCCACCGGCAAACAGAAGAAGAUAUAAUUACAAAAUGAUCGGAAGUAAAAUAUUGAUGUUUUCCGGCAGAAGUCGUUGGUUGACGGUCGACCACACUCAACCCCACCUGAGUCUGUCGUUGGUUAUGUCGUGUUUAGCCAGAAACAUGUCGGAGGCCAUCAUCUUAGGUUCGAUACACAAACUCGAAUCCGUCUUGAUUGAGCCGCUAAAUAUCGAUUCCGGUGUGGAGAAAAUGCUGAAAGAGGUGGUAGAUGAGCUGAGAACGACGCUGGAUUUCUCGAGAGAGAACGAAUCGGGGGAGAGGAAAAGGCUCAGUUAUUUGCUAGCCGACUUUGCGGAGAUCGCUCAGUAUUCAGCAGACCUCACAAUACACAUUCAUGACUACCGCAUCCAAAUUGACUUAACGGCUUUCCUAAGCCUUCUGCCGCAGAUGAGACAACGCGUGGCGGAGUUUGGAGUGGAAGAUGUGCACAGUGUUGGACAAGAAGAAGAAGAAGCAGAAGAAGAAGCAGAAGAAGGUGUCGUGGUGGGGUUGGAGAAAGACGUCCAACUUAUUAACAGGGCGAUUCUUAACGAGAAUCCGGAAACCUUGGUUUCGUGCAUCAAAGGCAUGAUUGGUGUGGGAAAGACGACUCUUGCUAGACAAGUGUACAACCAUCCGGCCAUCGUGGGGAAAUUCAAGCACCGCAGGGCGUGGGUAAGCAUGUCUCGUGACACGAGCAUUCACGAGGUGCUUGUGGAGCUGGUGAAGCAGUUGGUGGGACUUGAUGGGGAUUUGGUGUUGCUCGAGGAAAUGGACAAUCGCAGUCUUCGACAGAUGAUUUGCCAAAACAUGGAGGGAAUGCCAUAUUUCAUAGUUUUCGACAACAUGCCAAAAGAAAUGUAUUUGUUUUGCAUCUACUUAGAUCUUCCUCUAACGGGUACUCCUUCUGUCCCAAGUUACUUGAGUCAGUAUUAUAAUUCGGGUUAUCCUAAAUUAUUUGAGUCAUUAGGCAUGCUUGCCUUUAUUUCUUUAUCCUUGUUGAGGGUCAAACUAUCCCACAUUGGAGAAUUAGAAAUAUCCCACAUUGGAGAAUUAGAAAAGGUGCAAGCAAUACCUUAG